CUCACUACUUCCUUAACAAACACUCCCAAACCCAACUAUACAUAGAAUAGACACCAUGUCAAUGUCCCUCCAAAACAUCUGGCACCUGCGCCGAGUAGCAGACACAGCCGCCAAAGCAUGUUACAUUUGCUACAAGCCAUCGAGUAGUGUAUUAAUCACGCCUGAUAAUCGGGACUUCUUCUACGUCUGCCCCUCUCACCUCCAAGACCGCCACUUCUGUUCUCCUAUUGUCGAUACAGAAGCGGCGGCCGCCAAGGCCAAAGAAGAGGCUAUGGCGAGGGAAAUUGAGAGGGUGAAGAAGGAUUAUGAGGAGAAGCAGCAGCGGAAGAAGAAUAAGGAUGCUGAGAAGGAGAAGGAUAAGAAGGAAGAUGAUAAAGACAAGGAAAAGGAUGAUAAGUCUGCUACGAAGAAGGGGGAUGAGGAGGAUAAGAAAUUGCAAAGGGAACGGGAUGACAAGGUUUGUUCUUCUCUUCACAUCUCUAUCUUCUAUGUUCCUGCUUGGCUUGACAUGUAUUCGCUAACAUAUCAUAGAUCGAAAGUAUCAAGAAAUCGACCACUUCGUCGGAUGACUCGCCGAGGGUAUUUGCGUUGCAUAAGUAUUUCUCUCGCUCUUGUAUGGGUUCCCAUGUGAUGUUUGCUGAUUUGCGUAGGAACUUCUAUCAGAUGCGUAUCGACAGGAUGCGCAAUGCUGAGAUGGCUAGAAGGAAUCGUCAGCGUUUGCAGGAUCCUUCUCUGUUCCCGUCUGUCCCGACUGGGGGGCUGUGAGCUUGAGUCGGAGCUGCAUAAUAAUGUUCUUG